AGAGAGAGAGGGGGACGUGUCAGCGAGCGAACGCAGAGUCAGUGUGUGUUGCUGUGGCUGUUGGAGAGAUCCUGGCUGCUCUCAAAAAGUCUUGGUGAACUCUCGUCCCGGUUUCAAAAUGAGAUUACAGCGGGUGGGAAAGUGAGGCAACUGUUGGAGACGAGGAAAUCUUCGGGAAUAUGCCUGGAAUUUGGGAAAAGGCUUCAGCAGGGCGUGUUGAUAGGACAAACAUCAGACUUGCUCCCCGUGUGUGAAUACACACCACUGCCACCCUCUCGCCAGCUCCGUCCCACUGCGGAAUUAUUCCUGGGGAUUACCGACAGGGAGCAAUGGAACUGGCAAAGCUUUCGAAUGAGGAGGAGGGAGACGCAAUGGCGAAUGGCAGUCUUAUGAAAGAAAUAUGUCAUGGGAAAGUGAUAAUAAACGAUGGGUAUGAUCCAACCGACUCCAUGUCCACUGAACGGGAGGAAUUCUUACCCCACCCUUCCGGGAAAAAAACGAUCCAGUUCACAGAUUUUGACGGGAAGACAUCUUUUGGCAUGUCGGCUUUCAACCUCAGCAACUCCAUCAUGGGAAGUGGAAUCCUUGGUCUGGCGUAUGCCAUGUCGAACACGGGCAUCAUCGUCUUUGUCAUCUUGUUAAUCUCCAUCGCCAUGCUCUCGGCGUACUCCAUCCACCUCCUUCUCAGAUCGGCUGGAUUUGUCGGGGAGAGGGCGUACGAGAAGCUAGGCCUGAAAGCCUUCGGCCAGCCAGGCAAGGUGCUCGCCGCCGUCAUCAUCUCGCUGCACAACACCGGAGCCAUGUCUAGCUACCUGUACAUCGUGAAGUAUGAAUUACCCCUCGUCAUUCAAGCCUUCCUGCGGUUGGAGGAGACUAACAGGAUGUGGUACCUGAAUGGGAACUAUUUAAUUGUGAUCGUCAGCGUGUUGGUCAUCCUCCCCCUGGCCCUCAUGCGGCAACUUGGUUAUCUGGGCUACACCAGCGGAUUCUCUCUGACGUGCAUGGUGUUUUUCCUCAUUUCGCUGAUCUACAAGAAGUUCCAGAUUCCGUGCCCGCUCCCCAUUCCCGGGAACAUCUCCAUGGUACCACCCGCCGGCACCAACCACACCCUCAGUGAGCAGUGUACGGCAAAACUGUUCACCAUCAACCCUCAGACGGCCUACACCAUCCCCAUUCUGGCCUUUGCUUUCGUGUGUCACCCGGAGGUUCUGCCCAUCUACACCGAACUCCGAAGCCCCACGAAGGAGAGGAUGCAGAGAGUUGCGAAUGUGUCUAUUCUCUCGAUGUUCGUAAUGUACCUGCUCACUGCCCUGUUUGGAUAUCUGACCUUUUAUGGGGACGUGGAGACGGAGCUUCUGCACACGUUUGUCAAGGUGGACCCCCUGGACACCCUUAUCCUGUGCGUACGCCUGGCCGUGCUGGUGGCUGUGACCUUGACUGUCCCUGUCGUCCUUUUCCCGAUCCGGCGUGCCCUUCAGCAGCUCCUGUUCCCCAGGAAGACCUUCCACUGGGUGAGACACACUGGCAUCGCCGUUGUGCUCCUCAUCUGUGUCAACCUCCUGGUCAUCUUCGUCCCCAACAUCCGAGACAUCUUCGGCGUGAUUGGUGCCACUACUGCUCCGAGCCUGAUCUUUAUCCUGCCCGGAAUGUUCUAUGUCCGCAUUGUCCCCAACGAUAAAGAACCUUUGAAAUCAAGGCCAAAGAUCCAGGCUGCUGGUUUCGCCACGAUCGGACUGAUAUUCAUGGUGAUGAGUUUAAGCUUCAUCUUUAGGGAAUGGACAAGCGGUAAUGGAGGGAGUCAUGUCGGUGGCCACUAGUUCAGCGCCCUCCACAGGCAGAGCAUCACUCCCAGUCCAUUCACCCAACUCGCUUGGCCCCAUCUAUGUCUUCCCCACAUCUUCCCCCCCCCUUCCCUCAGCUCUUUGGUUCAUGCUAGCUAGUGAAUGGUGAACGCAUCCGGGAGGAGGAAUCUUUCCGUCCAAUACGUGUCAACAUUUUCUCCCCCCCCCCCCCCAUCAUCGCUCCCCACGGGCUCCCUCUCUGUCCGGGAGCCAUUCUCAUCAGGCGGAUGGUCAGUUGUAAGGAUAAACCCCCUCAUCGUGUGCCGCAUUUAGCGAAGGAAAUCUACCCGUCUUUCCCCCCCGUCCUGGACCUUACACAUGACUCCGGGCGCCGCCGCACAUUGGUCCGCUCCUAACUUCGUUGGACAAAUCACCGACACGGUCCUUGUUGUUCGAGGUCGCGGUUGCGUUCGGAGAGCCUUGCCUGCGAUUGGAUUUCCUGCCCCCCCACACCAUCCCCCGCCCCCACCCCGUCUAGUAAUUCAUGGAGCCCUGGGUGAAAUCACAUCGGAAGCGUUUCAUUCAGGGGCACCCUCUGCGAGGCUGGGGGAGCUCCAGGAUUCUGACUCGGUGGCAUCGGAGCAACAGCCGGUAGCAUUCCAAGUUGGGACGUGGAGCGGGAGUUUGGUGGUUCCACUCCCCGCAGCUGCCGUCCUUCUAGGGGCUGUUGGGCCUGGAAAAUCUUGGUAAUGGACCAAGGGAGUUUUGGAGCUCAUUCCCAAUCAAGGCCGUCCCUGCGUCCUGUACUGCAGCGGGCGAGGUGCACUCGACUGUUUAGUUCUGACACCCUGACUCCCUUUCGGAGACGGCUUACCUAGGAGGGAGUCGGUACAACGAUUCCUCAGCCCUCCUGGCUGUGUGGGGGGGUAACGCGUGGAGAAUUUCCCCUUUCCUGAAGGCCAUUAGGACCGGAUUCCUUACACAAUGCACAUCUCCUCGGCGUCCAGGACAGAGGGAGAGGCAAGACCCGCUGAUGCGAGACCCAUUUCCUCCCGGUGACACCCACAAGAAUGGGUGCCCACUUCCAGGAUGGUUAAAAAUACAAUGGCAGCUGGAGGAGAUCAAUUCUGUGCUGCUUUCGGAGGGAUAGAGACGGUGAAGUAGAUGAGCACUUGGGUUUCAUCGAGGUCCAAUCGCAGCUCCGUCGCACCUCCGUGCCUCUGUACUUUCACCCUUCUCUCACCCUCUGCCACCUUCCUCCCUAAAGCUUGCCGUCCAGGUCAGUCACGUCAAUUGCCAGUCCAAAACGGCGUGGGUCAGCUCAGCGGGGUCCCUUCCAGACACUGACAAUAGGAUUUAGAGUAGGCCAUUCGGCCCCCUCCAAGUCUGCUCUGCCAUGCUGUACAAUCAUGGCUUAGCCGACAACUCCGUCCCCUGCUUUCUCCCACCACCCCCACCCUCCCUCCUUUGAUCCCUUUAGCCCCCAGAGCUAAAUCUGAAUCCUUCUCAAGAACAUUCAAUCCCCGACCACUUUGUGUGACAGAGAACUCCCCAACACGCUGAGUGAAGAAUUGUCUCCAUCACUUCCGUGCUACAUCACUUCAACCUUGAAUAGCAACAGACUUGUAAAAAUGGUGCUGGGAUAUUAUCGUGCAAGUUUACCUUGCUGAAUAUUUUUUUAAUUUAGGAGUAUGUUUAAAAUAUUGACGUAAUUAUUUGCUAUGUAACUAAAUGAAAGCAAGUGUACCCUCCACACCUUUUAUGCAGGACAGCAGAGGCCCUUUGAGGGUGACCACUUUAAAGACACUACCACCUACACUAGUCCCAUGUUCCCUCACUCGGGCCCUCAGCUUUCAAUGUCAUGACAUCUAUGCGUAGCACUAUCUUAAGAGAUUCCUAACGGGGUUACCUUCAUUUGCUGAAAUCAUGGUACCUUUUGAUGCUUGGUGCUGAUUCGAUUAGAUUCCCUACAGCAUGGAAACAGGCCCUUCGGCCCAACAAGUCCCUCCAAAGAGUAACCCACUCAGACCCAUUCCCCUACCCUAUAUUUACCCCUGACACGGGCAAUUUAGAACGGCCAGUUCACCCGACCUGCACGUCUUUGUGAUUGCGGGAGGAAACCGGAGCACACCGACGCAGACACGGGGAGAAUGUGCAAACUCCGCACAGACAGUCAGUCAGUCACCCGAGGCAGGAAUCGAACCCAGAUCCCUGGUGCUGUGAGGCAGCAGUGCUAACCACUGAGCCACCGUGCUGCCUGGCUAGAACAUACGUUCGUCAAAAUUAUGUGAGCCAGAUAAUACUGUGUGGGAUCUAUCAGGCAACAGAACCCCAACUGUCUUACUCUACAUCCUCACGCUUCCAAAUAUUUGGUGAACACGUGCUGUAACUAGAGUUGUAAAGACUUCAAGGCAGUCCACUGUGUUUAGCCCCACACACAAUGUCCUCAGACAGUGAUGGUGGUGGGGGGAGGAGAGAAAGCAGGCAACUUGUCGACUCUCCGGGUUGUACAUCCCCCACCCCGUCUGUCUACUUCCACGGCUGUUAAUUUUUCGUCUGCGUCUUUUGAGAAAACCGUUUGUCUUUUGUGCGAGAUGGUUUCCGCUGGUUAAUCCCCUCGGUGAUGGAUUCCAAAGCUUUGAUGUAACUGCUGUAGAAACCCAGAGGCCGAGAGAGAGAGAGAGUAAAAUUCCUCCUCCCCUGCCCACCACACCCCACCUGACUGAAUAAAAAAUUAAUUUUAAAAA